GCAAUGAUAUGAUCGAUAGCUUGAAGAUAUCAUUGGCUAAUCCGAGUCGACUGAACACUUGGAGAGAACGGUCAAUGAGAGAAGACCAGUCGAUCAGCCUAGAGUCUACAUAGAGGAACGCAUCGCAAGCUGGUUUCGAGCUUCGAAGUCAGCAUUUGUUAUCUCGAUGUGGAGCUUGAUGAAAAAACAAUGUGCGGUGAUCGAGAUCGCCAACUGCCUUGUAUCUCGCAUCCAAGCGGCCGGCCGGCCGCUUGCACCAAACUUCAAGUGCUGAGGAGGACUGUGUAUUAAGAGCUACAUGUUUCCCCGUUCGGAUCAACAACAUGUUUGUUCGUCGACACCAGGGCUCAACAAAUGGUAAGGGGCCAAUCCGAUAUGGAUCAAAACAUCAUUUUGGCGUCAAAACGAGGUCAAUCGACGUCUAGGUUGCUGGAGGAAGGGCAACCGUUGUUUGCAAACUUCAAGACUUCAAAAUUAUAUCCAGGUAAUGCAUCCGCUUCCCCCUGAUUAUUGCCUCGCCGGUCCACAUUCAAAUCAUGAACAGACGUGAUCUAUCGGGCACCAUAACGGAAUCUACUAUGGCUAAGAGCGGUGCCACAUAUGAUAGUCACCCUUCUUUGGAUGAACA